UCUACCUGAGUCCUCUACAGAGCUGCACGCGCUGUCCGGAGUCACGCGGAUCAUUUUGAAUGUUUUAUUUCACCUGCGGACUUCCGGUUUGAAAAGAGGUUUGAAAACUUUUAAUUUGGCUCAGAUUCUAAUUCUUUGAUUUCGAAAGAACCAUCGGAGAGCCGAAGAGGACAGGGUCAGGCCCGCCAGCGGCAGGAGGAUGUCCCGUGCCGAGGAGCGCGAGGAGGCGGACUGCGUGUGUUCCGUCGGGAUGAAGUUAACGUGGGACAUCAAUGACCCCAAGCUGCCCCAGGACACGAAGCAGUUUGACCCGUUCCAGGAGUGGACAGACGGUUACGUUCGGUACAUUUACAGCGCUGAAGAUAAGAAUGCUCAGAGACAUCUGUCUGGCUGGGCAAUGAGAAACACCAACAACCACAACUGUCAGAUCUUGAAGAAAUCGUGUUUAGGUGUGGUGGUUUGUUCUCGAGGCUGCACACUGCCUGAUGGAUCCAGACUUCAGCUUCGACCUGCCAUCUGUGACAAAGCCCGGCAGAAGCAGCAGAAGAAGCUUUGUCCCAAUUGUAAUGCUGCUCUGGAGCUGCUCCCAUGCCGUGGUCACAGUGGUUACCCUGUCACCAACUUCUGGAGAGUCGAUGGAAAGGCCAUCUUCUUCCAGGCAAAAGGCGUUCAUGAUCAUCCCAGACCAGAGUCCAAAUCAGAGACUGAAGCCAGAAGGAGUUCAGUAAAGAGACGAGUCAACUCACCUCCAUUCACACCAAAGAGACGACUCAUUGAAACACAGGCUCUUGGCCCUGCGCUCCUCUCCUGCGUUGAACCAACGGAUAGGAUUUCCUUCAUUGAACCAAACUUCCCUCAGCACUACCCAGCAUUCCAAAGCCCAGAAACCUACUACAACCCCCACAAUGCACUGGGAGAGAGCACACCAACACUUCAGAAACCAGCCAAUCCCAGGCUUUAUAUGAGCAGGCCCGGAUAUGACUUCCAAGGAUACCUGACCUCACCUUCAUAUCCUGUGACCUCUGACCUUUGCGACCCUAGAGUGGCCCCGGUCCUGGGUUCCUCGUCGUCCUCGUCUCCAUCAUCAGCUCCUCUCUCCUCCUCCUCUACCUCCUUUGACCCCCAGACAAAGACCCCUUCUGGAUGGAAAGAACUGCUGAAGAACUCUGCCCCCUACAGUGACAACCACCAUUACUACAGCACAGAGUACCCUUGCCGUUAUGCCAGCAACAACCCGGGUUCACCAGCAGCACUGCAGACCAUCAUCACAACGACAACCAAGGUCUCCUAUCAACCGUGUCCGAAGCCUCCUGCUGCCCUCCCUCCUUACCAGUCGUGUCCCAAACCCUCUGUCGGCCUGCCCUCUUACCAGCCCUGCACUCCCUCCAAACCUGCUGGCCUUCCUGGCUGCUCCUCCUUACUAGACGACCCCUCCUCAUCCUCAUACUCCACCGAGGUGAAGGUGACAGAGGAUUCGGGUGGAGUCAUCAAGUCUCUAUCUUUCCAGCCUGAGCCUCUUCAGACCAAAACCGAACGGGCUGACGGCUACGACUACCGCUACUCGUACCCCAACACGUACCGCUACGACGACUACUGAGGGAGCAAUACAUCCAUCACUGUUACCACUGCCGCAAACUUCCUAUGGCUGCUAGUAUCACUGGACCAUUCAGGUACCAAGAGGAUCAGUCUGAAUCCAGGUUUUGGUCCCUGAGAGACUUUCUGGAAAAAUUCACUUAUCAAACGAUGAUCUUUUACACGUCAGACGUCAGAGAAUCACCUCUGGAGACGUUCAGGGGAGGAACUCAGGCAAAUGGGAAUAUUUGCAACCAGUAUCCUGUUACUGGGCUGGUGUUUCUGGAGCUCACCCUUUAGGUGCUUCUCACAAAAGAAAAACAGCAUAAAUCAUUAAAAUACUGUGUAUAUUAUUUAUUAUCUUUCAACUUUCUGAUAUUUCCUGAAACAGGCUGACACGCUGAUUCGUGGUAAUCUCCAAAAUCUAGUCAAGACACAACAAACUGUACAGCAUAUUUGAGCAGAAGGUUUUAUGUUUUCACCACAAAACACAAAUUUGUAUUUCGAUGGAUAGUCUUCAUAUCAACUUUGGCCAAAGUUUCAAAUAACAGAGCCUAACAGUCUAAAGCUAAGCUCACUGCUCUGAACACUUGGUUUCCUGCUGGGUUUUUUACACUCUGUAUCUGUAAUUAUCAUUAAAUAUCAUAUGACAUCACAUUGAUGUCACAGAGAUAGUCAUAGAUUGUAUAACCUAUAUAGAUCCCAUCUCAUCUACGUAAGAUAUAGAGUCACAGAAUUAAACUGGCAGUGAGCACAGGAAGUCAUCAUGUCAGAAUGAGAACAUUUGGCUCCAUCAGCAGACUGAGAUUCAUUACUGAAUAACCAGCACACACGUCGCACUGUUUGUUGGACUGGAUUUCCUUUAUUUCAAAACCCAUUUAAUCAUGUUUCAUAUUUUUAAGAACAUUUUAUUAGUUUCACUGGAACAAAUUUCUGUGAGCAUCUGAAAACAGAGGGCUGCAACAAAGGGGCGAUGUCAAAGAUCAAAACUGAACUAUAAGUGUCUCUGUGUGCCGAGGAAGACCCUGAGAUGUGACUGAAAGCUGGAUCCAAACAUAUAUAUAUAUCCAUAAAUAAAGUAGAACUAAAACGUCUGAAAAGACUUUCACGUGAGAGACUUUUAAACACUCUGCAAUCAGAAAUCAUAAUGACCUGUAUGCACUUGGAGUAUUUAUUCUAUCUGUUAAAGCCACUGCCUUUUCCUGAACCUGGAAGAACAAACAACGUUUGACUGAGGAGAUCUGAACCUGUUGAAGUGACACAU